AUGUCAAAUCUAUCUCCAGCGGGUUAUGGAGGUCUUCCUUCAGACCAACCCAGAUUCCCCAACCCGAUACCUAAACUUGAGGAGCCAAUUCAAAUCUCUGGCGACACGUCAAUGCGAGAUACACCAGACAUGGCUGGGGAUAUCAACCACCGUCUGAAAAUAGAGACUUCAGAUGAGGAAGACGAUGACUCCAUGAUAUCCGACACCUCGUCUGAAGACGACAACACUUCUCAGAUCCCGCGCGGCCUCCCGAUUUCGCAACUUCCUACGGGUCUUUGUUACGAUGAGCGCAUGCGUUACCACGCAGAGGUAGCGGCAACAAGCGGCGAAAAUGUCCACCCAGAGGAUCCUAGGCGCAUUUACUACAUCUACAAAGAAUUGUGCGAAGCUGGUCUCGUUGACGACAAGAGAUACCCUCCCUUGGUUGACAUGCCUUUACUCAGAAUCGAUGCGAGAGAAGCUACGCGCGAAGAGUGUCAACUGAUACAUACCAAGGAGCAUUACGAUUUCGUCAAGAGUACUGCUGAAAUGUCUGACGAAACCCUGAUUGACCUCUCGGAUGAACAGAACAUGGAUUCGAUAUACUUCAAUGCUCUAUCAUAUUUCUCGUCCAAGUUGUCUGCUGGCGCCGCGAUUGAGACUUGUAGGGCGGUCAUGACGCGAAAAGUCAAGAAUGCGAUUGCUGUCAUUCGACCACCUGGUCAUCACGCCGAGGUUGAUCGGACAAUGGGCUUCUGUUUGUUCAAUAACGUCUGUAUUGCUUCGAAAGUCUGCCAGGGAGACUUUGGUGAGGACUGCAGAAAGAUUUUGAUUGUGGAUUGGGAUGUCCAUCAUGGAAACGGUUGCCAGAAGGCGUUCUACCAAGAUCCCAACAUCCUCUACAUCUCUCUGCACGUACACAUGGACGGCAGAUUUUAUCCUUCAGGAAAUGAAGGCGAUAUGCACCAUUGCGGCGAGGGUCCUGGUCUCGGAAAAAACGUCAACAUCCCAUGGCCGACCAAGGGAAUGGGUGACGGCGACUACAUGUACGCCUUUCAGAACGUGGUCAUGCCCAUUGCAACCGAAUUCGACCCUGAUUUUGUGAUCGUUGCAUCGGGAUUCGACGCUGCUGCUGGUGACGAGCUGGGCGGCUGCUAUGUCACACCUCCUUGUUACGCUCAUAUGACUCACAUGCUCAUGUCUUUGGCUAAUGGAAAGAUAGCCGUUUGUCUUGAGGGUGGCUACAAUUUCCAAGCGAUAUCGAAAUCGGCUCUCGCGGUAGCACGUGUAUUGAUGGGCGAGCCUCCCGACAGGUUGCAAGCAACCGGAGCCACAAAGCAUGCGAUCGACACGAUUGCGCAAGUUCGAAACGUGCAGUCAAAGUACUGGAGAAGCAUCUAUCCCAAAGACCCCGUCGGGGGUAUAUUUGGUGGCGAACGAUUGCAUGACAUCAUUCGUCAGUGGCAGGCACAGCACCUGUACGACAAGUACAAGUUGACCCAGCUACACAUUUUCCGUGACAACAUUUCCAAAUCCUUCGAUCAACAGGUUCUCGCAACGCCUAAUUACGAGACCAAGAAACGUCUUCUCAUGAUCUUCCAUGAUGCACCAGAUCUUCUCGCCUACAACAACGGUCUCAGCACACAGCAUCAACUACACGAUACGUGGCUCGUUGAUGGUGCGCAGCAUUACAUCAAGUGGGCAGUCAAUCACGGUUUCGCAGUCAUAGACGUCAAUGUAUCCCAACACAUUACCAUCAACGACGAAGACAGUCCCGAGUACCACGACACAGACGUCGAGUAUGCGUCCAUGACCACCGACGUCGCUCGCAAGGAAGGCGAGAAACUCGCGCAGUACUUGUGGGAGAAUUAUGUCGAACCAUGGGACUUCCCGGGCGGUAUCGUGCUCAUGGGUGCCGGUACGGCGUUCCACGCUUUGGCCAAGCUUGUCAGUGAGAAUGAAAACGUCUACCCGUCCCUUUUGGGCAUCGUGGGCUUCAUCUCCACGAACCCGAUCCGACCCAUCGCCAACCCGUCCUCGCACUGGGUGAGCCAUUGGUACCGCGACAACAGUCUUGUCUAUGUCUCGCAGGUCCACAGCCUGUGGAAAAAGGACAAGCCGCCCUCGCGCAAGUACGGCAGGCUGGUCCGCAGCGACGCUUCGGUCCUCAACGUCAUGAUGAAGAUGCACGAGGACGACGUGACCGAGUGGAUUAAGGAGAAGGUUCGUGCCGCCGCGGACUCGGACGAGGAGAGCAUCGUGACCGAAAGCGAAUCUGGCGAUACAAUCGAUGAUCCGGGUGCGCCUGGUGCGCCUGGUGCGUUGGAUGCGGCGACCGCAGCGGCGGCAACAGCGGCAGCCGGGGGUGUCACGCCUUCGUUUGUCGAUGGUGCCGGUGCCGGUGCCGGUGCCGGUGGUCUUGCGUCGGGUGGUUCGAGUCAAGGCGUCACGACAUACGGUCAAGGAUUCAGUACGGCAACUGGGGAUUAUUACAUGGGGACUGAGCGUUGA